AUGCCUUCAUCAACCCACUAUUCAUGGUGGACAGUGAGUGACAGUCAGCCUUAUUGGCUUCACCACUCUUACCCCACUCAAGGCUUAGAUCCUCAUGAAUCUACACUGGUGGAGCUUCUUCACACUUUUCUGCUUGGCAUCUGCAAGUAUCUAUGGGGCCACACAGUCAAGAUCCUAGAGAAGAAACCAAAUACCAAAGCUGGUCAUGCCCAGAUGGAUGCACUAAGCAAGGAUGGCUUGAACAUCCCAUUAAUACCAUCGGCAUACAUCGUGCAGUACAAAUACUCCCUGAUCAGCAAACAUUUUUGCCUACUUAUUCAAACAAUGCCCUUCUUGAUUGAAGAUCUUGUUGAUGGAGAAGUUCUGGAAGCAUGGGUCAUGUUGGGCUUGGCUGCAGUUCAGUUAUGGUGGACAGACAUCCAGGAACCAGACUUGUAUCUGGUGCAUCUGAUCCUGGAAUUGGUUCAUGCCUUUGUGUGCAUAGACCCAAUCAAGAUCAUGUCCAAGAGCAAGCUGCACAUAUUGCACCAUAUAGUGCAGCAUAUACAUUGCAACAGGCCAGCAUUGCUCUUCUCUACUGAAUGA